AUGGGGGAAUUUAAGGUCGGAUCAAAACUGAAGGAACAAAUAGUAUGUAACAUGCAACCCUUAAUUUUGUGCUUACAUAAAUAUGACGACGAUAUAAGAAAAUGUGUCCCAGAAGUCCACAUUUUCGAAAGAACCUGUAGCAAAAAUGUAAAUUAUGUACAUGACAGAAUUGGUUUAGAUGACACAAGGAACACAUUGUACACGGGAAAAAGGGCUAUCUAA